AUGGCUACAUUAAUUGUGAUUUUCCUUUUGAAGCCUGAAAAGCCUGUUUUCUCCUUCCAAUCAAUAAGAAUGGAUUGGUAUGAGCUAGAUACUUAUUCUGGUUCAGUCCUGUUUGUUUCAUCCGUUUUGACUUUGACCCUGAAUGCUCAAAAUCCUAACAAGGUUGGCCUAAGGUACAGUCCUUCACGGCUUAGUGUCUAUCAUGAAGGACUGCCAAUAGGAGCAAUCCGAGUUCCAGGAUUCUUUCAGCCUGCUCACAGCAACAAUGUCAGUGUGCGAACCAGGGUUCUGUUUCAUUGUGUGAACCUCAGCCAGAUUGUUGCAGGGAAAGACAUAAUUGAGAUGAAUAUAUUAGGUGAUGUUAGAGCUCAGCUAUGGGUAUUUCACAUGACUUUGUUACGAAUGAAGGUUGCCCUAGAUUGUGACAUAGACAUUGACUACAAGGAGCUUGCAUUAAAAGACGAAGUUGAAGCCAAAAGGGUUGUUCAAAAUCAUCACUUCGCUUCUUUUCCAACCAACUCCAAAUUUAUCUUCAGGAAGUGCGCGCUAGCUUUAUACGCAUAA